UAAGUUGGUCUUGUUAUAUGCUAGUCAUUUCAGAGAAAUUCUAAAGCUCCUCAUCUCCUUCCUCUUCUUUGAACAGCCCCUCCAAACGAAGCCUUUUAUUUUGAAGAUGAAUAUUAUACCCUACUUCUUAGUCCUCCUUGUCCUCUUAAUCUCGAUUCCUUUCAGUCUUCCAUCAGAAACCCUUAGAGAAGAGACCGUGAAAGCCAUGUUUGUGUUCGGGGACUCGGUUGUCGAUGUUGGCGACAAUAACUGGUCCGCUACUUCGAAGGACAAAGCGAAUUUCUUCCCUUAUGGGGUGGACUUCCUGGGGGGGGCUACUGGUAGGUUCACCAAUGGCAGGAACCCGACUGACAUACUCGGCCAGCUUCUGGGACUGCCCCGUUUCCUUCCGGCCUAUGAAGAUCCGGCUGCAAAUGGGACCAGAAUUCUCAAUGGCGUUAAUUAUGGCAACGCCGGCUCCGGAAUACUUGAACCUAACUGGAGUACCGACACAGUGUUCGGGUUGAAGUCACAGAUCACGCAAUUCGAAAAUACGACUCUUCCAGAGCUUGAAUCUCUAUUCAAUGACACCGCUGAACUCACUUCCUACUUAUCACAAAGCAUAUUUGUGAUACACACUGGCGCCAAUGACUAUGAGCAGCGCUGCUUCUUGUCCACCUCGAUCCAGGAAUGCGACGUCCCCAUGCUCACGGGUUACCUCCUCAAAUAUCUACCUGAACAACUCAAGAGACUGUACGAGUUGGGGGCCCGGAAGUUUGUGGUCUUCUCCAUCAUGCCGAUGGGUUGCAGCCCAAUGUCUCGAGACGGGGCGGAAGAGUGCGUGGAGGAGUACAACGAGGCAGCCUUGCUCUUCAACACCCAAUUCAACGCUUCCAUGGACAACAUAACGAGCGGGAUGCCAGGAUCCAGCAUGGUCUUCGCCAAUUCCUAUGGACUUCUUAUCGACAUCAACGACGACCCUUCCUCCUUCGGAUUCAAGGUGGACAACACGUCCUGCUGCACAACGGAAAGGAUGCUGUGCGUGAACGGGUCGACGCCCUGCGCCAACCGGACGGAAUACGUGUACUUCGAUUCCGUCCACCCGACGGAACCAGUCUACUUGAUGAUGGCCACGCAGGCGUACGAGUCCGAGCUGCCCAACCAGGUCUAUCCCUUCAACGUGAAGCAACUGGCCAACCUCACCACCUCAAUCUCCACCACCACUUCCGGCGCCGUGGAGCUCCCGGCGUUUCUUGCUUCCGUCUGAGUUCCAAAUUUGGCAGCUGGUAGUUUUUAUGAGCAGUAGUCUGUAAUCAGUCACUUUGGCUCCUGACUUUAGAUGCCGUGUUAAAGUGUUUCCUUUUCCAACAUUGGAAUGGAGACGAGAAACUGUUCAAAGGGCCAUAUCUAUCUUAAUGAGCAAAUAUUGUAUCGCUUUUACAUAAAAUUUCAGCUGUACACCAACUUGGUGCGAUCAUAGUUAAUUUAGAAAACAAAAUUUUCAGUUGUUUCUCAAAA